GCCAAGAUGGCGGGCCAUAUUUUGAUAAUUGCUGUUGCGACGCUAUCAAUGUAUCAUGAGGUGGCAUCUCAUCAGCACGAACAUCUCAUGAUGAGGGUGAUGUUUACAGAAAAGAGAAUGGGUUGCCCGUCAGGAAGCGCUAAACAUCAGAUUGCCUCUUACUACGGCUGCUUUACCGAAUCAGAAUCAGGUCGCAUACCUAAGCAUCACACAAGAUCCAGCUACCGGAGCCGGGGAUCAUCUGUCUCUUCAAUGAGUUCUCGCUAUGGUUCUCGUUCUUCGUAUUCAACGAGCUCCCGCUAUGGGUCUAGCCCUUUAUACAGAUCGAAAUCUCGCUAUGGCUCCAGUUCCUCGCGGUACCCAACAAGUUCUCGCUAUGGCUCUCGUUCUUCGUACCCAACGAGCUCCCGCUAUGGUUCCAGCUCUUCGUAUCGAUCGAAAUCUCGCUAUGGUCCUCGCUCUUCGUAUCCAACGAGCUCCCGCUAUGGUUCCAGCUCUUCGUAUCGAUCGAAAUCUCGCUAUGGUUCACGUUCUUCGUAUCCAACGAGCUCCCGCUAUGGUUCCAGCUCUUCGUACCGAUCGCAAUCUCGCUAUGGCUCCAGUUCCUCGCGGUAUCCCACGAGUUCUCGCUAUGGUUCGAGUUCUUAUUCAUCGAGACGCCGAUCAAGAUAUCCAGCGUCAUCAAGCUCGAAAUACAAAAGAUAUGAGGCAGUGUUCUCGACCAGUAAAUACGGGUGUUAUAGUUCAUCGACAAGGACGACCAAGGUCGCCAAGAUUGGUGAAUACUACGCCUGCUUCCUUUUUUCGAAUCCAACAACAUCUCGCUAUGGUUCGAGUUCUUCGUAUCCAACGAGCUCCCGCUAUGGUUCCAGCUCUUACCGAUCGAAAUCUCGCUAUGGUUCACGUUCUUCGUAUCCAACGAGCUCCCGCUAUGGUUCCAGGUCUUCGUAUCGAUCGAAAUCUCGCUAUGGUUCACGUUCUUCGUAUCCAACGAGCUCCCGCUAUGGUUCCAGCUCUUCGUAUCGAUCGCAAUCUCGCCAUGGCUCCAGUUCCUCGCGGUAUCCCACUAGUUCUCGCUAUGGUUCGAGUUCUUAUUCAUCGAGACGCCGAUCAAGAUAUCCUUCGUCAUCAAGCUCGAAAUCCAAAAGAUAUGAGGCAGUGUUCUCGACCAGUAAAUACGGGUGUUAUAGUUCAUCGCCAAGGACGACCAAGGUCGCCAAGAUUGGUGAAUACUACGCCUGCUUCCUUUCUUCGAAUCCAACAACAUCUCGCUAUGGUUCGAGUUCUUCGUAUCCAACGAGCUCCCGCUAUGGUUCCAGCUCUUACCGAUCGAAAUCUCGCUAUGGUUCACGUUCUUCGUAUCCAACGAGCUCCCGCUAUGGUUCCAGGUCUUCGUACCGAUCGAAAUCUCGCUAUGGUUCUCAUUCGUCGUAUCCAACGAGCUCCCGCUAUGGUUCCAGCUCUUCGUACCGAUCGAAAUAUCUCCAUGGCUCCAGUUCCUCGCGGUAUCCCACGAGUUCUCGCUAUGGUUCGAGUUCUUAUUCAUCGAGACGCCGAUCAAGAUAUCCUUCGUCAUCAAGCUCGAAAUACAAAAGAUAUGAGGCAGUGUUCUCGACCAGUAAAUACGCGUGUUAUAGUUCAUCGCCAAGGACGACCAAGGUCGCCAAGAUUGGUGAAUACUACGCCUGCUUCCUUUCUUCGAAUCCAACAACAUCUCGCUAUGGUUCGAGUUCUUCGUAUCCAACGAGCUCCCGCUAUGGUUCCAGCUCUUACCGAUCGAAAUCUCGCUAUGGUUCACGUUCUUCGUAUCCAACGAGCUCCCGCUAUGGUUCCAGGUCUUCGUACCGAUCGAAAUCUCGCUAUGGUUCUCAUUCUUCGUAUCCAACGAGCUCCCGCUAUGGUUCCAGCUCUUCGUAUCGAUCGCAAUCUCGCCAUGGCUCCAGUUCCUCGCGGUAUCCCACGAGUUCUCGCUAUGGUUCGAGUUCUUAUUCAUCGAGACGCCGAUCAAGAUAUCCUUCGUCAUCAAGCUCGAAAUCCAAAAGAUAUGAGGCAGCGUUCUCGGCCAGUAAAUACGGGUGCUCUAGUUCAUCGCCAAGGACGACCAAGGUCGCCAAGAUUGGUGAUUACUACGCCUGCUUCCUUUCUUCGUAUCCAACAACAUCUCGCUAUGGUCCUCGCUCUUCGUAUCCAACGAGCUCCCGCUAUGGUUCCAGCUCUUACCGAUCGAAAUCUCGCUAUGGUUCACGUUCUUCGUAUCCAACGAGCUCCCGCUAUGGUUCCAGGUCUUCGUAUCGAUCGAAAUCUCGCUAUGGUUCACGUUCUUCGUAUCCAACGAGCUCCCGCUAUGGUUCCAGCUCUUCGUAUCGAUCGCAAUCUCGCUAUGGCUCCAGUUCCUCGCGAUAUCCCACUAGUUCUCGCUAUGGUUCGAGUUCUUAUUCAUCGAGACGCCGAUCAAGAUAUCCUUCGUCAUCGAGCUCGAAAUCCAAUGAAUAUGAGGUGGUUUUUAGAGAUGAGAGCCGCAGAUGUCAUGCAAGUCCUCACAACAACAUCAAGGUGUUUCAAAUAGGAGGGUACUUCAUUUGCGCCGCACCAAAGAGGCCAAGUUCAAGAUAUUCUAGCAGUUCUGGAUCAAGGUACCGGUCAUCAGGCAGGAGUUAUGGCUCGUCAUCCUACGGCUCUUCGCGGAGGCCAGGUUACGCGUCAUCAGGAAGUAGGUACGGCUCGUCACCCUACAGCCCUUCGCGAAGGCCUAGUUACAGGUCAUCAGGAGGGAGUUAUGGGUUGUCACGGAGAUCGAAUGCCAGAGCAGCUCGCUUCAAUUUAUAUGGGCCUCCUGGAUCAGGCUUCACAAAGGAAGACAAGAUGAAUGCAACUAGGGAAUGGCAGGCCGCGACUCAUAAGUUCAACGUCCUUAAAGCUAGGGAUGGUCCUUCAUCUCUGGAGGCUCAAGAAGCAAGAAAGGACGCCCUGGCGAAGGGUAAGAAAUACAUUGACAUUCUUCAGAAAGUUAAUGCCUACCGGCGCCAGAAGAUGAGGUCUUCUAAAUCGUCGUAUCCCAGUUCAAGUUCUAGUUACAACCGACGAUCUAGUUCCAGCUAUAGCCGGAGAUCUCAAUACGGUAGCUCCAGCCCCAGCUAUAGCAGAAGAUCUAGUUUGGGAUACGGUAGACGAUCCAGUUCCGGUGAUGGUGGUUCGAGCUCUUCCGUCUCGGGCACACAGGUCUAACUCGUCCAGCUCGUACGGAAAUUCCCGAAGAACGAGUUAUGGUAUAUGAAAUCCUAUUGGCAGUUGGCUAACUUAGCUUUGCGGUCUCAGUCCAGAAUGUGUAGGACAAAUUACGAUUACCA